AUGGAAGAGAAGAGGUCAGAGAGCUGGUCGAUGGGUACCACAGUUAAACAUUCGGCUUCCCGCUCCUGGGGUCGUGAUCACUGGCACCUCUCCAACGGGUCCAGCCCUCAUGCGGGGCCGAGCUCCGCGAGGGCAGAGGUCGGUUCAUGCAGGGUGGAGGCCAACCUGGACCACAUCAUCACCGACGUUGUGCCAGACACAAUCUCGAGGCUCCUUUGUCAGGCGAGAGAAGGUGGUGAAGAGGUUACCAAUCCUGAGGCUCUCCACACUUGCCCGAUCUGCCCGAACAACAUGACCGGUGACUGCAAGCUCGUCGAGACAUGUUGCAAGCAUGUUUUCCACAUCCCGUGCAUAGUCCAGUGGUUGAAGAUGAGCUGCACUUGCCCGAUUUGCCGGUACAGAUUGGAGGACAACAUAGGAUCAUCAGAGAGCUGCUAA